AGCUUGAAAUUGGAUCUAUGCAAUGCGGAAGAUCGCGCCGAAUAUGUCCGUGCGGGACGAACAUCGGACGGAAUCAUUGCGCGCAGUAGCGUGAUGCUGUUCGCUCGUUCGUACAGUACUCAACCAGGUAGUGCAAUGUUGAAGCGAUCAACACUAACGCAGACUUCUCGGAGACAAAGCAACCCUGUACACUUCGUACAGCGACUGGCUGGCGGCUGAUACCGACAUCAUGGAGCUCUGGAGGCAGCAGUAGUGAGCCAGAGUACUAUGACUUCGGCUCUGUUACGUUGGAUGAACUGUCCAUCGUCGGGAAGAUGGUCACGGAGAGCUUCUAUGAGAAGGCCCCCACUUACUCUUAUUGGAACGGCUGCUCUCAAGGCAGUCGGCGAGGCAUGAUGCUGGCCCAGCGCUAUCCCAAAGCAUUUGACGGCAUUCUAGCCGGGGCCCCUGUGUUGAACAUGAUCCCUCUUUUUGCAAGCUUGUUCCAUGCCCAAGCUGUCAUGAACACGCUGGGCGAGUAUCCUCACAAUUGCGAAUUCGAGGCAAUCGCGGCAGCAGCAAUUGCCACAUGCGAUUCUCUGGAUGGCGUAGAAGACUGGAUUAUCUCCAUCCUAGAGUUGUGUUCCUUUGACCCAUUCAAACUUGUCGGCCAGCCUGUCAACUGCAGCAACAGCAGCUUCAACUCGAUCCCCGAAGCUGAAGCAAUUGUCGCGAAUGCUACGUGGUACGGUAUCCCGAACUGGCAAGGAGAACGAGUCCAUGCAGGAUACACGCUAGACACACCUUUUGACCUCAACCUCAAUCGCAGACUCGAACUGCCAGAAAACAGGAACUUGCUCUACUACCGCAGCCUGGGCGUUCGGCGCACAGUUUUUUCAGCUUUUCGUCGAGCAGAAGGUAUCCUUCGACACUUCCACAAUUACCGCAGAACGCUUGCCCAAUUACUUGUGCGCCGGUCACCAGCAAUGGGAAUCCUUCAUCGGCACCAACGACACAGACCUCAGGGGCUUCAAGGACGCAGGCGGAAAGUUGCUCAGCUGGCACGGCAUCGCGGACGACCUGAUUCCUUCUGGUGGUUCGACGCAGUACUAUGACCGCAUGGCCGUCCGGGAUGCCGAUGUGGAUCAGUAUUACAGACACCUGAGAUGAAUUUUGGGGCCACAGCAGGCUUUCGUUACAGUGUAUGAGUUAGUGGUAAUGAAGAAGAUGUAGCUAAUCC